AUGUUACGAGCUAAACUAUUGGACCAAAACUUAACUAAAGGGAUCUCCCAAUGUAAAGAUAACCCACUUCAUAUAGGAAAAAAUCCAAAUUUCAACAUUAUAAGGCCUAAAGAAGAAGUUAUAUGCUGUAAUUUAGGUAGUUCUAUUUGUAAUACUUACCCCACACUUUAUGAAAAAAAAGGAUUAAUAUGUGAAACUAGAAUUGAAUGCAACUUUAACCAUAAUUGUAUACAUAUAUCAGGCGUAGGCUAUGGAGAGACAGUAGAUAAAGAAUAUCCCAAAUCUGUUUCUAAUGAUACUUUACUAUUUUCUAAGACAUAUUAUACGGAGGAUAGGCCUAUUAGGUCGUGCAUAUCAAAUUUUUCUGUAUUUGGCAAAUGUAUAGUUUAUUUAACCGAUAAGUACAGAGUUUAUGCUAUAAGUGAUAGUGAAACUGUACAGAUCUACAUGCCUAAUGGUUUUGAACCAGAAAGAUUAGCUCCAACUAUUGAUGGAAUAAUGAUCAUCGGUAAAUAUAAGAAAGGGAUUGAUAAAUAUAACUUUUUACCUAUUACUAGACACCCAAGACAGCCAUUCUGCUCAAUAGAGGUGAAUAUUUCUGAUGGCAUAUUAGAAACCUCAGGGGAAUAUUUUCUAGCGAAGUCAUCGCUUGAUAUUAGAUGGAUAUCUUCCACUUUACCAUUAUUAAUGGCUUAUAGUUACUUCUACAAAUGUCAUAUUCUAAUUUUGUACAAAUUAACUAAAUUCAAUACUUUAGGUGAUAUAGUCUUUUUUGGGAGUGAGGUUUGGAGGGAAAAUUCUGAAUGUGCCAGCGAAAAUCCAUGUCUGGCUGAUACUGUAUAUAUUAUUGAACCUUGGAUUGGUCCUAAUAGCUUCCUCGUAUAUAUCAUACCUCAACUAAAAGAAGCCCGUUUUAUAGAAUUCAACAUAGAAAAGAUGAAUGGUUUCACUAAUUUAUGCAAUUGCCUACAUGAAAAUUGCAAUUCAUGCAAUUCUAGUUUGGGUAUCCUGAAGGAUGUGCAUGGAGCUGUAGCUUUAACUUCAACUAGUGAUCUGACACAACUUAUGCCUUUCAAUUCACCAAUUUUUAAUGGCUUGAUAUAUAAACGGAAAGCCUACCCUUUGUUCAAUGCUGAAAAAAUAUUACCUACUCCAAAUUUUCUUCUUGUUCUGAAGGGAAAUAACAAAUUGGCACUUUAUUGUGGGAUAACAUUCAUAUGUUAUGUAGAUAUAAGUAACUUCAACAAUGGAAUAUUUAAUAUUAUCCAUAUUGGAAAUGCAGUUGCAGACAGGUUUAGUGUUCUUUUCGAGAUACCUAAUCAUAAUAUUGCUAAUGGGACUUCAGAAUUUAAGUCUAAUAGGUAUCAAUUAUCAACACUACCACACGAUCUUUUGGUAAGGAGUACUCUUUCAAUUAUAUUUGAAGUGGCCAAAGCUUGUUUUUCUACUGAAAUCUUAAGAAUAAUAUUAUUAUGUGACAGCUCACUACAAUGGGAAAAGAUUUGUUUUACGAUACUUGGUGAGCAUGUACUCUCUUCUAUUAACACAUCACUAUCAAUAAGCCCCCAAGAAUCAAUAGAAUCACCUUCAUUUAGUGGUUUGCAGAAAAAGUUAAAAUUAGGUAGCAAAAUUACUGAUAGUUCAACUAUGAAUGAAGGUAGUGGAUGGAAACAAAUGAUGUCAUUUUGGAGAAAUUGGAUACAAAAAAACUCAAUAUCCCCAUUUCAUCGUUCAGAGUUUUCUUCAAUGAUAGUUAAAAAUACAAUUCCUCAUAUGCUUGUUCUACCAAACAAUAGUGAAUUAAGUGAAAAUAAUUUGCAUGCAGACAGUAGUAAUGUCAUGUUAAUAUAUUUAAUGCAUGGAUUACUUGAAGAAUUUUCUCUAUGUCCUGUUGUAGGAAUUUUUGAGAAUACAGUUCAUAGGCUUAGAAAUGAUCUCCUAUUACCAAUGUCAAUCUCUCUCAGUUUACCAAUUUAUACAGAAUACUAUCAGCUAAUGGGAAAUGGGCUAUCAAAAAGAACAUGUUCUCAAUUAAAUAAUACAGAUAGACUUUAUUCUCCCCCAGUUCUAGUGGAAAAAAUAUAUUUAAUUUUACAUGGGCAAAGGGAUUUUCAACAUGAUGAAGUAGUAGAUUUUCUACUUGAUAUAUUUCCCCUCCAAAAGUUCGCAAUUAAUGUCUAUAAUCUGGUAUUACAUAAAAAUUCACCUUUAGCGUUGGUUGAUUACUUAGUUGCAGAGAAUUUCACACCUCGAAAUUUCCCACUACUGCACCCACUAAUAACAUUUCCUAUACAUCAAACUAUAACAAAAAUGUCAAAGUCACCUUUACCUUUGAAUUUAUCAAAAAAAGCAUAUAUUCUACUUGAAAGAUAUGACUUGAUUGUAUUGGAACAAAAAAAUAUGUGCUAUAGAGAUUAUUCUGGAAUAGAAAGUGACAGUUAUUUAGAAUAUGAUUAUGAAAUGAAAAGUCUUAAUUUGUCAACUGUUGUUCUCCCACAUGGUAGAAAUACUGUUGAUGAUCAAAAAAAUAUGCUAGAGAAUCUGCAAAAUUAUUAUGAUAAUAAAUUGGAUAUAAGGAAUAAUUCAGUUCUCCAGAAACGUAGUAUUAAGGAAAUUUGGUUAAAUAAUCUAAAAGAGUAUUGGAUGGAAGGGCCCUUUUUAUCUAUGGAAUGGUGUUUUCAGCUAUUUUCAAAUAAUGUUGAAUUUUGCAAUGUCUUGCAAACUCUCUCAUUACAAACAGCACUACCUAUCAUAUUACAACGGUCAUCUGGAGCAUAUCCUAUUGAUGAAGAAUCAUGGGAUGAAUUUCAAAGACAAAGAAUAACUGAUGCUAUCCAGCUAGUAUUAACUAAUAUUUUAGGAAGAAGUUCAUGUAUCUUUAAUGGAUCUCCCUGGGAUUUUCUUUCUGAUCAUUUUCGUCGCCAGAGAAUAACAAAUAAGGUGCAUGAAGUUGCAUCUAAUUCAUACUUAUAUAUAGAUAAUGAAAGAUUUAAAGAUCUCUGUUCCGAUAGUUUAUUAUGGAAUGAUUUUCAUAUCGGCAUAUCAGACGUUCUUCAAAUUAACUCAAGUGGUUUUUCUUCUUGGUACAAACUAUCUGUAAAUGCUCGCAGAAAUUGGAUAUUGGAACAAUUAAAAAAUUUAGAAGCUCAAUAUAGUGUUGCAUAUUUAUCAGGUAUAUUCUUUGGACUUGGUUUAAGAGGUCUUUUAAAUACAGAGAAGUUGAACCUGCAAGUCAAAUUUCCACUAAUACUUGAUAGUAGUGAUAUCUUCAAUUUGUUAGCUAAUGAUGGUCAAACAAUAAGAACAUGCUCAAUAUUACUGGGAUCUGCUGUAGCAGCAUUAAGAACACAAGAUAGAACUCUAACAAGACUUUCACUAAUGCAUAUACCCAGCAUACUACCUACUCCUUAUACUAAAUCAUUGCAAAUAUCAAAUAUAAACCAGUAUGCAGCACUUUUAUCACUAGGACUUCUACAUGCCCAAAGCAACAAUUCCAAGAUUAUUCAAAUAUUAUAUUGUGAACUAUUUAGAUCAAUGUCCGAACUUGAUGAUCAGUCUUCUAUACAACACACAGUAUAUGCCACAUCAGCUGCUAUUUCAUUAGGUCUGGUAGCCCAAAUCGGAAAUCAACCAUUAGGUCAUGGAAAUACCUCUAGUACCGUAUUAGGAAUUACAAAGAAGUUGAUACAAGCAAUCACAAACUGUGGAGAAUAUACAAAGUGUCUAAAUAACUUUGAUACUGGGUUAAAGUCAAAGUACAUUGAAUAUUUACCAUAUAAUUUGCAAUCGGAGACUCCAAUGGAAUUUUUAAACAUAGAAAUGCCACCAAUACUUAAAGAUGAAACAAAUUCUGCAGUUAAUUUUUGCUUCAAUGACCUUCAGCAAAUCCCUUGCUCAAGUAAAAGCUACUUUAAAGAAAAUGUAGAUUUCACAUGUGUUAAUAUUCCUGCAAUCUUGUCACUUGCAGUGAUGCACAUUAAAAGUGCUAACCAAAUGAUUUCGUCAGAACUUCCAAUCCCAUAUGAUAAACCUGAUUAUUUAACUAAUUUUAGACCUGAAAUACUGAUAUUUUUGAUGAUGGCUAAAAUUGUAAUUGAGUGGGAUACAUCUGAUAAUCCAGAUUUUGAAUAUAUAAGGAAAUUUAUACCGCGCUAUUUAUGGUUUCUUCCCCCAGAUAAGAUGUAUCCCUGUCCAAUUUUCCAUAAAAACAGAGAAUAUAACAGAGAUAUAGUUAAUCCAAGUUUGAUUAAUUGUGUUUCUAGAGGUUCUCUUGAUUGGAUACAUUGCAUACAAUGUCGAUCAGCAAUGCUUGCGGGUGUUAUAUGGGGGUUAGGGAUAGUAUAUUCGGGUACCAGGAAUCAAUACAUUAAAUCUUCAAUGAAAUUAAUACUUGGAUACCUGGAAAAUAUACCAAUGCUGCAGAUACCCUUAAAUAUAGCAUCAACAAUACGUGAUGAAUAUACAUGUAGUCUACAUGUUACAAUUGACCGCUGGUCACGUGACUUAUGCAUCAGGACAUCACUUACUAGCUUGUCUCUUUGUUUUUCUGGGAGUGGUGAUAGUUAUGUGUAUAGCCAAAUCGAAUUUUUCCGUACAGAACUCUUGCAGUCCGCUCAACUUUUAUGGACUAGCUCAACUGCAAUAUCUGCACAUAGUAUUUAUACAAUACCUUCAAUGGAACAUGUUUAUAGUCAACUAACAGCAUAUAAUAAUGCACUGGGAUUUCUGUAUUUGUCUGCUGGACACCUCUCAUUUAAAAAUAGUGAUGCACUAAAUUCAUCAUUUUUACUUCUUGCUUCGUAUCCUAUCUACGCUAGAGACCCAUCUGAUAUAUCAACACCUGGAACUAUUUUUCAACCUCUAAGGUUCCUAUAUGCAAUUGCAGCACAAGAUGGUAAUUGUGCUAUUAUUCCCAAAUGUUUUGAAGAAUCUUCAGAGCUACUAGAUUUACCCCUGUAUUGUAGCUCAAAUUUUAAAAAUAAACAAUUACAGCACUUCAUCCCAAUUCAAGUUGAAGCAUCAAAGAUGAAUUCCAAGAGCUACUGGAUUUUACCCGAUAUUUUGCCUUCUAUAGAUACUAUCAAAAAAGUAACUAUUUUAGGGACCAAUUAUUACUCUUUAGAAAUAGAUUUUGAGAAGAUUGAAUGUAAUAACAAAUUUAUUCAUUUAUUGAAGAAUGGAGUAUUACCAGUACAACUUAGACCUGGGAGCCAACCUUAUACAUGGUAUGAUGCAAACUAUAUUAUUUUGCAAACUAAGAAUUAUGAAAUACCAUCUACAUUAUGGUAUUCAAGAGGAGUAUCUGCACCUGGGAAGCUUGAUAUUGAAAUAUUCACUAAUAAACACUUGGAAAAAUUUGCAAAAAAUAUUAGAUUAGAUGGAUAUAUCUUUAAACUGAAAAAAGUAGACAGUAGACUAAAUUAUUUGGAAUCUGCAAAUGAGGAUGGCAAUCUAAACUACAAACAUAUCUUACCAAUUAAUGAAACAUUUACAAUGGACUCAGUUUUAGAUAUGUAUAUAAAUAAUUUAUUAGAAAAUUUAAAAUUCCAGCUAUCUGAAUGUGGAAUUAAGAGCUCACUUUUUUCACCUCAUACUGUAAAACUACUCAGAAUAAUACUCUUACUUGAGAAGAGGGUCAAAUAUGUUCUUUUAGUUUCAUUAUAUAUAUCUGAGUUCUUUAAGUCGCAAGCUAAGACAUUGGUACGCUGUAUUCGCCAUUAUUACAACCUUGUUAAUUCUGUAAUUGCUCCCUCUUACGAAGAGAGGAAUAUAUUUAGGCUAUUUCUCUUAUUUCAUAGCUUACCAGUACCUUCUUAUUUCAUGAAUAUUGCUAAUAUUAUUCUUUGCAACUUAGAAACUGCAGAUUCUCCGCAAGAUAGUUCAAAGGAAGAAUUUGAUUUUCUGAUACCUUCGCUAAUGCUAUCAUUUCCUACAACUUCUUCUCUAGGGAUUCAAAUUUUAAGGACUAUAAUUGUCGACAUGUAUUAUACAAGAUCGAGAAUUCAAACGGGAGUAUCGACUGCAAGGAAGUUCCAUACAAAAUCAGAGUUAUAUGCUUUACUAAGCGCAUAA